ACGUUGUAACGAACGAACCAGAAAACGUUGUGCUUGUGUAUCUGAGCGUGAACAAAUCGUCGAGGAAACGUUCCUGCGCGCAAUCGCUGCAACUGAACGUGCCCCUUGAGAAGCGACCAACCACCACAACAAUCGAUGAGAAAAGUAAAGUUUCAGAUUUUAUGUAAAUUGAAAGGAUGCCAAGAGAUGAAAGUGAGAGUGAAAUUGAAAAGGGGGCAGAAGACUAUGGAGAUUAUAGACCACAAGACUCCCUAAGCCUUGACUCUUUUUCAUCUGAUGGAGCAGCACUCAGGUCCCACACAUCUGUAAGGCAAGAACUACAGCAGUUUCUUCGCUCAACACGAUGCCAGGUUUUGAUUGUGUCUUUGGUGGUAAUUGACACAAUUCUGGUUAUCACUGAGUUACUCUUCGAUUUGGAGAUGGAUGGUGAGGUCUCAUCUGUGCCAUUUGUCUUACACACUUUGUCACUAAGUCUUCUUGCACUGUUUGUUGUGGAGAUUUUCCUCAGGAUUUAUGCUUACCAUUUUGAUUUCUUCACUCGAAAGGGCGAUUUAUUUGAUACCAUCGUGGUGAUUAUUGCCAUAUGUUUGGAUGCUGUCUACCUCCACUCUCAUGAUGCACAUUCUGGAGUUGGCCUUAUCAUUGUUCUGAGACUCUGGAGAGUUGUGUGCAUACAAAAUGCAAUGGUGUUACAAGUGAGAAAAACUGGAGAAAAGCGCUUACUUCAUGAACAUAAAUGUAGGGUACAUGCAGUACAAGCAAUGGAACGGUAUCGUACAUAUAGCUAUGCACAGGAUAUGUACAUCAAACGUUUGGAAGAAAUUCUAAUAAGAAAUGGAAUUCCCUUCCAGGAGGAAUGCAAAAGUCGUCCUGAUUUUAACAGAAUUUGUGUAGAAGCUGAAGUGAACACCAAGGAAUGAGAACGGCAUUCAUUUCAGGUGGUAUGUUGUACUUUUACAUGAGAAGAAUGUUUAGCAAGUAUGAGGCAUCUGAGUGGUAUGAUGCUGAUGUCAGACUAAAUGUUCUGUGUCAAAUUUAACAACUGUGAUUGUCCUUUGGUUGUUAUAUUGCAUUUACUUUUAUGUGAUGCUGCCUUAAUAUAUAUAAUUCAAUUAAUUUAUAGACACAUGCUUAGUUACUACAAGUUCAUGAGAGUAACUAUAAUGCAGAACAUGCAACUGGUGUAAAAUUAAUAUCUUUAGGUAGUCACUUUGUCUUGAAAAUGUUUCCAAGGGUAUCUAACCCGCUGGUUGUUACACUGUGAGCAGCAUUUACUGUGCAUACCUCAUGGCUUAUUGAUCAGAGGUGAUUUGGAUGUUGGUCCUUCAGUAUCUGAGUUUUAUAUAUUGUGUUUAAAGCCUUCUGAUAACCUGUCUGAUUGGUUAUCAUGCCUCCUAGUUCUUUUUGGUUAUGUUUGCUGAUACGUACUUGUAAACCAUUGUACACAAAGCAAAAGCUUUUAAUAUCAAGUCCCACUAAAUACCUUUUAGAUUUGAAUAGAAUUGUACAUGAAAAGUUACUUUGGUAGAAUUUUAUUCAUACAUAUGAAUAUUUGUAUUUUGAUCAAUCUUACUGUAAAAACACAGUUACUGUAUUGGAUGGUAUAAAAGAUGCAUUUUUUAUUAGUAAAAAAAUAGUCCUCAGGUUAUAUACUUGAAUUAGUUUUUUUCCAUAAUAUUUUAUUAUGUUUAGAUUUCUUAUGAACUGAAGCUUAUAAUUUCUGUUCAGUAACAUUUUAAGGAAUUUUUAAUUUAAAUUGGGGAAUAUGACUUUCUCCACAUAUUAACAAGCUUUAUACAUUGAUUCUUUUUUAUAUUCACCAACCAUUUAUUGUAGUCGUUUGUGUAGGACAUUUGAUGUUGCCCAAUGAAAGAUAUGUAUAGCCCUAGCCUAUUUAUCUAAACUAACUCCAUAGUCUUCCGUUCCAUUUCAUAUUCAUGAAUUUUUUAUUAGAAUGUUGUAAAGUUCAUUUUAUGCAUAAGCCUUAUAUGGAAAGUUAGUUUCUAGAGGGCUGGUUAAGUGAACUACAUGUCCUUAUGGACGUUGCAUUCAUUUUUAAGAAAUAUGAAUGCUUGACUAUAGUAUAUAUUGUAGUUAAAGAAUAAUUUAGUAUAUAUAUUUCUCAAUGCAGUAGACUUAUUAAUAUAAAUGCCAGUAUAUAUAAGAAAAAAAGAAUUAUUCAUGAAUAGGAACUAUACAUCUGCAAGCAGAUUCAUAUAAAAUAAUAGUGUACAAUUCAGGGUUCAGUGAAGGCUAUUAAAUUUUGGUUUGUUAUGUACAGCUACAUAUGAAUAAAAUAUGUAACCAUAUUACAUAAAAAUAAUAUGUGCAAAAUAAUAUUUGUUUAUAUACGAAACAAACCUUUGGUCUUAACAUUAGGAUAAAUACUUAGCGCCAGCUGGAAAUCCGGUAAAGUUAAAAAUUGUGUACGGGCGUAAGAACCAUGACGACCAUGAGAAUUUUAACAAACCUAUUAACUAUGACGGCUGUGAGGAAUAUGACUGUCGUAGGAAUAUGAUGGUCGUAAUGAAUAUGACGGUCGUAAGGACUAUGACGGUCGUAGGAGGCGACUGUGUAAACAGUGAUGGGCGUAGAAUCGUUUGUAAGAACUUGGGGACUGGUUAUCAUUGUUGCCAAUUUAGUGGAACUCUAUACAUACGCUGAUGCCUUUACAAACUGUUUCCAUGAAUUCUAGAUGCCAUGUUAAUGCAAUAAUGAUAAAAUUGCUCUCAUAUUUGUAUAUAGAUUGCAAAUAGAUAUGCUAAAUUCACUUAUUUCCACGGUUUUGUGUAAGCCUUAUUCUAAGUUUGGAAGGUAAACACACAAACUAAUUGGCAACUGCUGAUUAAUCAUGAGAACGAGAACAGUGUAGUUUUACAAUGCACGUAAUGCUUGACGGCUGUAUGGUCCACGCAGUGGUUAUUGAGAUAUGUCACCCUUUCAUUUACUUGCUAAGAGAAGUGAAGGUGCAUUAGCCACAUUCACCUGCUGUCUACCAACGUAGGCACCCAUCACAACAGUCUAUGGAUUCCUCUAGUAAUCACAUACAGUCUGCAUGGUGGAAAUUAACAGACCUUGGGUUGACCCAAAGCUUCAAAUCUUUACAGGUAAGAAUUCCCUUGUUUUAUAUACUUUUUGGUAUAAUCUGGUUUGUUCCUAUAAGAAUAUUGACCAAUCGCUUCUACUCUUAAACAAGUAGUUAUAGUUAGUCGAUAGCUUGGUUCGUUUGCAGUAAAGUACUACCGGGGAACCAUUCUUCUUAACGAUAACUCACGAAAUACGUUUCAGUUUCUGAUUGCACAAGGCAGUUUUUUGUUGGGAGUAGAAUUGGUUGCGAUAGGUAUCCCAUAAAACUAGGAUUCAGGCCUACUCAUUGAGUGAGUUUCUGGAAUAUAGGCCAUGAAGAAAACUUCAAGUCGAAAGGAGGAGGUGUAACUUUUUUCUUUCACCAUUUUAGGUAGCCAAGCCUAAGUAGUGCACUCGUAACUUAGGAUGCUAUAGCCCAGCUAAUUGUGUCAUACCUUUUAGCCUAACAAGCGGUUAAAUUCGUAGCCUACCCCAGCUAGUCCGAAUCUACUGCUAUCAUCUCAUUUUAAUCUGAGUAGUAGUUCUUAGCUUAGACUGUCCAAACUAACUGGUUCAGGCAUACAUGUACCAACUUAGCCUAGCAAAUGGUUGAGGUCUUAGCUUUCGAACCUGCAUUUACUAUCUUAGCUUAGUCUGCGUGGUACAGUUUUAGUUAGCUUAGCCUAACUCCUGGGUUAACUAGUUCUAGCAUACAUGUCAUACAUGUCAACUUAGGCUAACAAUGAGUUGAUGACUUAGCAUGGCCUUGCUACUGAACAUACCUUUACUAUCUUAGCUUGGUCUGAGUAGUAAGGUUCUAAGCAUAGCCGAGCAUAGACCUUGGCUACCUAUUUGGAACACUUUUGCCACCUCAGCCUAGCAGGUGGACCGUGGUUGUAAUUGUAGCCUAGCAUAUAUAGUCUGAACUUUCUUGGACAACUUUACCCUAACCUAAGUCGUUGAGUUUCUAGAAUAAGCUAGUCUGUCCUAGCCUAGACUAGUUAGUGUAAUUCUCUGAUCAACUUAGCCUAGCCUAAGUGAUGGAGGAGUCAGCCUAGCCUAAUUGGUGGAAGAAUUAACCUAGUCUAACCCAACCAAGCCAGUGUGAACCUGGUCUUGCCAACUUAAAAUAAGUUAACCAGUUCAAACUUGACCAUACCUGCUUAGCCUAGUCUAAGUGGUUGGUUGCUAGACUAAUCUAGCACCUUCAAAGGAGUCUCUUCCAUCCUGGCCUAGUUUCUAAGUAUUGAAGUCAUGAACCUAGCAUAGCGGGCUCGAGCUUCAGUCAACGAGCUUCAGUUGACUGAAGCAAGUCAUUAAACUUCAUGAGUUCUGGAAAAGGAAGGUGGAGAAUUUCCCAUUCUUCAAGAGUUUGAGGUUGGGUUAAGUUACGUUGGGCACAAUUCUGUGCUAGGUUGCUUGAGAAUAGCACCAUGGUGGUUUAUGGCAGUAUAGGGUUUCUCUUUCGGAAGGUAACAUAUUGAACAUAUGUCCGUACAUUGUAACAGAUCACCACAUAGGAUGUUUCGCGGUUGGAAAGUAACAUUCCUUAUGCAGAAUGAGCCCUGUCCUGUUAACAGUUAAUUCCUUGGACAGUAGGAUAAUUAGGACGUGUCUGAGUAGUAGAACAUUAUCAUAGGAAUUCCUUUGGGUUUUCCUAUGAUAUCGUCCGUAUAUUUGAAGACCUACGUAAGACCUGGCUGAUACAGGGUUCUUGCUCUUCAAGCAGGCUGAGGAUCCCAUUUGGGAUACUGGGAACAACCUGGGGGCUAUGCAAACCCUCCGUUCUACCUGUUCCACCAUAUCCUGAACAGAGGAAGGGGUUCCAGUAAUUGAGGAGGACCCAAGAUGAGUGACUGAUGAGGUUUAUCUUGGCAAAAUCUUCUCUACCAGGUUCGGAUGGGGAAGAGGUACCACCGACAGGUAGAAAUAAUAUCUCAGGUCUGGAGUUUGCCCAGUAUCCUUUUUCAAACUAACAGUUUUAAGAUUUUGGGUGCAGAGCAUCAGCUCAGAUGUAACACGACUUAGGGGUUCUUCGUCUCGCAUUUAUAAAAUGAGCCUUCGGCCGUGACUGCCUUUAUAGAGGAGGUAUCCUUCCAUUAAAGGCAUUCUGUCAGUAGACAAAGAUUUUGUGGAGCUGUUGUCAGAACAGAGGAAACUCUGUAGUUACCUGUAUGGUGAUACACAUUAGACUGGUGAUUGGGUCAUCCGGUAUGUGAAUAUCACCUCACACUGAGUAAUCUUCAGAUGACUCGAGAGCACUGAACUGGCUGGUAAACAUAAGAAACUCUGAUCCACUACAUGAAAGCAUACUCUGUAUCAGAGUAGACUCAGUGGGGUACUACCGAGCCCAUACGUCAGUCACGUUACAGGAAACUGACUGGGGAAACUGUUUCCCUCUGACCUUGGUAGAGUGGGAGUGUACUCAAUAGCCAGGUUUUUUUAUGUAGAUUCAAAAGUAGUUGGGAACAAUAGUUUCCAAUUUGCCCCGGAAUCCAGGAUAAUGAGCCAACGUAUCACAGAUCAUGAUGACAGAUAUGCCUCUGUUUUUAGUCACGCUCAGUACGGCGUAGGUUUAUGUUAGAGACCUUCAGGAGGGCCAGCUUUGACUUGUCAAAGUACUCCGUGGUUAUUGAAAGAACUACGUCACCUAGAAUGUAAAUGUGGUAGAUGUUAAGGGAACACAAGCCAAAAGGAGGAAGAGUGGUCAGAAAUUUCCGUGUAUUUUUAUUAUAUUAGGAGAUUAGUCAAGCCUACUCCUUGUGGUCAAGUUGUACCAAUUUGGGUCAUACAGAAGGGAAGGUCAUCAGAGGAACAUGUCCCUCUCUGGCAAUUAAGAACAUAUCUGUUAAAAUGAUUGUGAAGGUUGGUUCAUGACUGUAUCGAACCAUUUUUCAUGUUCUACAUACAGAAUAUUACCCACAGUUCAUUGGACGUUUAAUGGGAAGGUACUGUCAGAACUUUGUACUUCUUUGACAUGUUUGACAAAGACUUUGUUGAGACAGGUCGAGUCAGGAAAGAAGUGCCAGAAGGGCCUGAUUCAACAGAAACAAGAGAGUCUGAUGACGGCGGGAAGGCAAGAACCCGUGAUGUUUAGAGGAAUGAACUCAUAUUGAGCAAUUUAAGAAGGCAUCUAUCUGUCUGUUCAUUGAAAUUUGAGAGUUGGUUCAUUGUUACGACAAGCCACUUUCAAUUUCCUGUACUUAAAGGAUGUUGCCCAGAGGUCCUAGGACUCAUCCAGUACCCCUGGCGGGUCAGUUGGUAGCUUGUCUAAGAUGAUGGUAUGAAUGUGAAAUGGAUCAGAUAGCUGAUCUCUUUCCUUUUCAAAUUUCUUUCUCCUUCUUUACUUCGGGCAGUAAGAAGAGAGUACCAUCAUAAGCUGGAACGGACAAGAUACAGGUGAGUGAAGUAGCCACACUGUUAGAGUUAUUAUCAGUGUAAGAUACCUAUCAGUAGCAAGACAUUCCUCUCUUUAGCAAGGGGGAGAGGAAUGAUAACAAACCUACAUAAGUGGAUACAUUGGUUUGUUAGUAGAACAGAUAUUCUUAUCUUCCUCAGAGGCAAUGAACUAUGAUAUUGUGUAGAAACCCAGAUGUCUGACUCUAUGAUAUUCAUAUACAGGGUGAUUGAAAAGUAACUCCCUAUUUUUAAAAAAAUUAUAAUUUAUUUAUGAAUCAAUAUUUUUACAAAAAAAUCAAUAUGAGAUAACACAAAUAACAUGGAGUUUUAUUUAAAAAUUCAAUUUAUAGGCACCAGCAUUUGCCUGUAGCUUCUCAAGCCGCUUGGGGAUUGCUUGAACUGAUCUUUCCAAGAACUCUUGUAGAACGGCAGAAAUAGCUAAUUUUAUUUGCCCUUCAAGUUCUUCUAAGGUUGUUGGUUUCUUGGAAUAAACUUGUUCCUUCAACCAACCCCAAAGAAAAAAGUUGCACGGUGUUAAAUCGGGGCUUCUUGCUGGCCACUCAUGUGGACCACGUCGACCCAACCAUCUCCCAGGAAAAUGUUCAUUCAGCCAUUCACAAACAACAAUAGCAUAAAAAUCAAGUCUUCAAUAUUCGUCCAAGUAUUCACAACUGGCCAGAUUUCAUCUUGCAGCAUAGUAAGAUACCUUUCCACAUUUAUGAUAUUGUGAAAGAUGAAGGGGCCCACAAUCCUAUCUGAAGUCAUUCCACACCAUACUGCUAUCUUAGGCUGAUUCUGAAAUUUUUCUGAGAUAAUUCGAGGAUCUUCUUCUGCCCAGUAAUGACACUUGUGGUGGUUCACAAAUCCACUGAUAUGAAAAACUGCUUCAUCACUCCAAAGAAUAUUUUGAAAAAGACCUGGCCAAUCUUCAUACCAAGCCAACAUCAUUUCUGAAAACUCCAUGCCAAUGUCGCAGUUUGGCAGAGAGUACUUGGCAAUAAUGCAGCUUCCAAGCACACCAUUUAAGAUGCUUCUUCAGCAUAGUUCGUACACAGUGAUAAGAAAGGCCACUUUCUCUUGCUGCUUGUUGAAUGGACUUUUUUGGGCUCUGAGUGAACAUUUCUUGAACUCUUCUCUUUACUUCCUGAUCACUGGCUUUGGAAGGGGGACUGCUUCUUCAAACAUCCAUCACAGAACCUGCAUCCAUAAGCUUUGCGUGACAGUUCUUGAUAGUCUUUGCAUCAAUCUGAGCAUGUAUUCCUUUGAUGGACCUCCACCACCUUUGUACUUGAACAACUGAUUUCCAAACUUUGUAGCGUGCUACUAGCUGGGCUCGCCCGUUUAGAGUUAGACGUCCGGACAUUUCUAUGGGUGUUCAAAUUUGAAUACAAAAUAAUCAAUCUGAAAAGAAAAACAAGACCAAUUAAAUUGUCAUAAAUUACAGAACAUACAUUAAAAAUUUGAACAAAAAAUAACUGCGUAUAAAAAUUAUAUAAAUUUUUAAAAAUAGGGAGUUACUUUUCAAUCACCCUGUACUAUAUCUUAGAUUCUGAAAUACUGGUCGGUUGUUUCGUAGAAUACUGAAAUUCAGAAAACUGAUCAAAGGUGGCAAACUUCCAGUUGGUUAAUACUACUUGCCCCCCACCAAAAGUAAGUCUAUCCUAAUGUUUAGACCGAAGAUUUGUUUCGUAUAUGAAUAAAUGAAAAUUUUUUAAUCAUUUUGUAUUCAUAACUAACAAACCUUAGGUCGUAACAUACAAAGGCCCACCUCUAACAACUAACCUGGGUUGGAAGAAUAACUGGCAGGGUCACGAGUUAAAGAGGGGUAUGUGGGUGGCUCCACAUGACUCAUGACCAAGCACAGAUGCCAAUAGUCCCUUGCAUACACAAUUUUUUAACUUUACCGGUUUCCAGCUGGCGCUAAGUAUUUAUCCUAAUGUUAAGACCUCAGGUUUGUUAGUUAUGAAAAAUACAAAUUGAUUAAAAAAUUUUCAUAUUACACUAACACAGCAUGGAAAAUAAUUAUUCAGUGUUACUUUUACCUCACACCUUAGCAUUUGUUGCCUUAUUUAUCCUUACAGUACCUUAUUUAUCCAUACAGUUUCAUUCAUUAUUGGUAGCUUGUUUUUUAACAUGUUUUCUCCUACAGUGAAGCUGCUUUCUGUUUAUUUCUUUUCAAUAAUAGAAGUAUCAUUAUUACAGAAAUUUUCAUGUUUUUAGUUUUGUGUUAAUUUAACCCUUAGUAGACGGGUAAAAAAAUCAGUAUGCAGCUCCUCAGGCCGGGUAAACUUUGUGGUCAGCCAAUUUACGAAAAAAUACAUCAAUGGAAAGAGGAAGAUAUGCAAAUGCUUUUUAAAAAAUUUUCCCUAUCUUCCACAAGAAGUUGAAAAUGACUAUUUACAACCCCUUGUGGUGCCUCUUUUACAAGACAAUCGUAAAUUUUACCAAGUUGUGUUUUUUAAUAAAUUAUUUUAUUUUUAAAAUUUUAAUUACAGCUCACACAAUAUAAAAACAGAUAAGAAAUAAAAUCAUAAAUAAAUUCUUAGCAUAUUUGUUGAAAAAUAUUUACGUAAAUUUAUUGAGAACGAAGAUUUAGUAACUUUUUUUAUUUUCAUGGUAUAUUCUUGCUGAAAUUGUAGAGAUCAAAAGUUUUCAUAGGUCAUUGGGUCAAAUGUGCCAUUGAAUAUAGUAACUAAAAGGCUCGAUGAAAGUUUUUUAGAAUCUAAUCCUGUAGUAUAAAUACUGUAGGUAACUUUCACAACUUAAGUUUUUCUAUGAAAGCCAAAAUUGUUUAGGCACAAGGUGCACGCCAUAAUUCCAUAGGAAAGUUGUGUCUUUUUGAGAUGUAAAUGAACAAACAUUUCAGAUUCUUGUGCAGUGUAUUCCAACCAUUGAGACUGAAUAUAUCAUUGGUAUAGAGUUUACAUAAGUUUUCUCUACUUAGACAUUCUUGAAAACAUCUGGAUGGUUUGAGGGAUAUUUCAAAUCCAUCUUUCCCAAACUAGGUAGCUAGUUACUAGUACUUCAUGGGUUAUUAUCAAAUAGAUUAAUGGAAAAUCAUAAAAAUAUUUGCACUCUUCCCUUUACACUAAGUUAAAGUUAUGUAUUAUUGGAAGGAAAAUGAUUAAAAUUUAGCAUGGUACACUAAAAAUGAAUACAUCUUAAAAUAGCAUAUGGCAGAGUAAAGACAUUUUUGUUCUCACCGACUUCAAAUCAUCAUUUUGCCUAUGUAUUAUGGUGGUUUGCUUUUUUGAACAUGCUAUAAUAAAGUACAACUACAUAUUAGCUUUCUAUUGACAGGUCAAUAGACCAAACAUUCUAGAAGACAAAAUCAAAUGAACUUGAGAAAGUGAGCAAAGGAAAUAUUUCCCAGCCUUUUUGCAUAUAGUGAAAAUUUAUUAACAUCUGAAUUUCAGAUUCCAAAGAUUCUGAAAGGGUUAAUUGAUCAUUGUUUUUACUGUCCAAAAGCAUUUGAACAUUACAAGAUAUUUAGCAUAUACAUAUGAAAUUCGAGAGACCAAAAAGGGCUAAAAUGUCCUCUGAUGUGUUUGUUUUGCCAUGAUGUAGAAAAAUUAUUAAAUGGAAAACCUCAAAUGACAUUGAUAAUUGUGUUACUGUCAAGGAUAUAAAACAAAAUAUGAAGGCCAUUAUUAUAAAGCUCAGUUUAGAUUUAGAAAUUUUUAUUAUUAGAUGUUUAAGGGAACACAUACACAUCACCUCUGUUACUGUUGCAGGAAGCUAUGUUCAAAUAAUCUAAGGUGUACUUUAUUGCAUGCAUUUGUUUGUAGGAAAUAAGCAUUUAAGGCAUAAAGAAUUUAGUCUUGGAAAAUAGUAGGUUCCAAGAAGUAAGUAAAAAUGUUAAUGUGUUUUAUUUUUUAGAGAUACAAACCUUAUUCAGGUAGUUGGAUUUAGCCAAAUUUAUUUACAGUAUCAAUAAGACAUUUGUUUAAACCAAAAAAGUUAGGUGCUUUUAAGUAUUUCAAAACCCUCUUAUGUAAAUUUAUAUUUUGACCUGAGAAUUAUUAUAUUGUUAUAUUAAUUUUAGAUAUUUAUCCAAAAGCAUUUUUUUUUGUCAUAGUAAAAAGUCUUUUUCAAUUUCAUUUUGUUGUGGAGAAAGUAGAUUUAUAUGCUGAUGUGCUCAAAAAUGAGUUUGUUAUGUACUGAGGUGUUUUUAAAAGAAUUUUUGUAGCUUUACAAAAGAUUUGUAUUUGUACAUCAGUGCUAUGUUGUGUACCUGUCCUAUAAUACUGUACAUAUGACUCAUCAUAACAUUGCAAAAUAUUAGCUGUUAUGUAGUUUUAGCUUUUACAGAAUUAACCUGCUUCUCUUUGUGACCUCGUGAAAUCCCUCCACCUGUUUAUAUUCUCAUUUAACUGUAAGUUUCAAAGCAUUAGUGUCUGUGACACCUUUACUGUUAUCUGUUAGUAAGGAAUUUUACCUAUGCAACUUUAUCUUCUAUAAAGUAUAUCAUAUGUGUUAACCAGGCCACUCCCAGUGUUAAUGGUUACAAUCUAUUUAUCCCUCACAGUAAUUACUGUUGAAUAGUGUUACUAAUGAUGAGCAUUUACCUCUUUAAUUCAUGGGACUGAGAUAGACAAUUUAAGAGUAAAAAGUCAAAAUUGUCUAUCUCAGUCCCAUGAAUUAGACAGGUAAAUGCUCAUUAUUGGUAACACUAUUCAACAGUAAUAACCUGGCAAAAUUUACUCCCAGACUCGUAGCUUGUUGUUGUGGGUAGGGAACAUUAUUGAUCACUUACCUAAAUAUGCAAAGCUUUUGCACUGUAUUUUCAGACAGGGAAGAAGGUAGGGUGGCUGGUAGGCCUCUUUAAAAUAACUGACAUAAUCAAGAUAAAAGUCUUGUAUGAAGCUCAUCUAGUGUUAGGUCUCAUCUAGAUGGAACAAGUAAGACUCAGAGGUUGCUUUAAGAAACUUAUAAAGACAGCUCUAAAUCUUAUUAUGGAUUAAGGGUUAUGUCUGUCUCAUUAAGCCAGUUCUUAUAACUCAAUAAUGCUUUUAUUUUCACAGUUUAGUUGUCUGCAGUAGCAAUAAAAAUUGUCAUCUGCAAUGAAAUUCAUAACGCACACCAAUUGAGUAAGCACUGUUAUGGUUUUUUAGUUUUUUUUUUAUUUCAAAUUAAUGCAGUACAACAGACCAAGCUUUCACAUCAUAAGUUACAUAGAACUGGUAUGAAUGCUGAAAUAAUCAGACUUAUUCAACAUGGGAAUAGAUUUAAUGAAAUACUAGCUGAAUCUAUGCCUAUGCGUGUGAUAAAGGUUGGUCCUAGCUGACCCAGUUAUGGCUGCUUUUAACACUGUCAUUUCCUUUAUCACCCAUAUUAGUAGGGAACCAUCUGUUUCAGUAUCUAUCACUUCUUUGUAUUAGUCUGAGUAAUUCAGCAUAUAUACCUGCUCUAAGUAACUUGUGAUGCAAAUGAUUGAUCAGUUGUACUUUAAUGUUCUUAACAUAACCUCUAAAAAACCAUAAUAGUGCUUACUGAAUGUGGCCUAUGAAUUUCACAUAAUAGUGCUUACUGAAUGUGUCCUAUGAAUUUCAUCGUACAUGACCAUAUUACUUCUGAAGAUGAUUUCACAUUAGUACCAAAAUCUAUCGUCAGGACUUCAUGAAAGGAAGACUUAAAAUACAGUAAGGUAAAACAGGGUAAAUCAAAUAGUAUAGAAUUAUAAGUUUCUUCAUACUUCACACUAAAAGGAUGUUUAUGUGGAAGUAAUUUUAGCUUGACCUCAAAUUAGACACAAGUUUCACCCCCUAGGUAUUUGAUGAACUUCCCACAUGACCCAGUCCCCUAAAUGUAGAAGCUUUUCUGAUAUAAAAGUAAAAGACCUUUUGAAAGGAUAUCCUAUUUUCAACCAACAACAGCUGACCAGUCUGGAAAUAAAGCCAUACAUAAUUUUUUUUUUAGAAUCUUUAGUUUGCUAUCCAUGUAUGCAUGAAUAGAUGAAAACAAACCCUUUGGGCUAGUUCUGUGAUAAUACAUACUGUAGUUGGGAUUUCUAGCCCUGUGGUUUGGUUAACAUAUUUGAUAUUGAUGAUGCUGAAAAAAGUUACAAAAGAUAUUCAUGUUUUAUCAUCCUUUAUAAUGGUACUUGUCAUUUUUGUAUUAACUAAUCCUAAAAGUCGUGUAAGUAUUGUAUUGAUCAUUUUUACAAGUUGUUUCUAUACAGUUCUUGUUUCAUACACUUUAUUGCAGAGUAAUUUUUUGUAUCAUGUUUGGUUAUUUGAGUCUAACAAGAUUUGUUUUCAUAAUAGGUUAUGAGAUGGAAGAAUUAUCAUAAAAUAGUGAAAAUUAGCAUGAAUGUCAAAUACAUUUUUGGACAGACAGAGUACGUAUACUGAAACUUAUGAUUGGUAUUGUAUUUUACGUAGGUAUUGUUGACUAUUCAGAUGUUCAAGCACUGUACGUAUUGUAAAUGGGAAUGUAAAAUUUUCCAAUUUCCAGAGUUCCAGUUGGUGUCCUUAAAAACUUACUGAAUAGUUUUAUUUCUCUCAAAUGUGGUAAAGUUUGAGUUAUUUCUAGGCAAGUAUGGUUCACAUUCACUUUAUUAGCGUUUUUAAAGCAACCUUAUUGCCUCUGCCCUAGAAUAGGUUUUCACCCUGGUUUGUUUGCUUGCAGGAAAAAAAAUUAUAACCUCUUUGGUAUGAUCAGAAGUAAACCAAGAGCUUGUUCACAGAGAUUUAAUUAUAAUCAAGAUAAAUGGCUGUUCCUCUUGUAAUUCUUAAUUCAGGAUGAUAAUGUUAUCCACUCUUAAAUCUUUUUGUCAUUAAACUUACAAUUUGACAUUACAUACUGCAUAAUGUUCCCCAACUGCCAGUGCAUUUGAAAUAGGGUGGAAUUACGAGGGAAAUUUGUAUCUGUCCUAUAGUUACAUAUCUAAUACUGUAUAUCAUUUCUUUUCAUUCCUACAGAGGAUGGGAUCCCUGUGCCUCUUUUCCACUAGGUUGGUUGAUGUUUUUAGCAAAAUGAUGAGUGUCUCAAGAGUGAUGUAUAGAUAGCAAUUACUUGGGAAAGUGUCAUGUUUUGUAAUAGUACUUGGAAGACAUUUUGUAAUAAUAAAAUGAAGUCAUUGAAGAUUAGGUAUUAGGAAACAUCUUGUAAUGUGGCUGGUAAUUUGUAAUAACUGGAGUGUAACAUUUUUAUUAUGCAUAUUACUGUUCAGAAUCUCUUUCUUGUCUUCAGUCAGUAAAUAAUUGAAGGGUUACAUUGCCAGUUAUUUAACAAAAUUGUCAUGUACUACAUCAGUUUUCGGCCAGUACAGUACAUAGUGAUAAUUACCAGCUGACGACAUUGUAGGUUAACUGUUGCCUACAUAGAUCUUCUUGGCAGCUAUGUUUUUGCCAUUUAAUGUCAUAUAGUUUACAUUUUGGUCAAAGAAUUUUACUAAGACCGUUAAUUUAUAACUUGACCAAUUAUUAGUUGAAUUUUUUUUCCCUUUUUUUUCUCCAAAUUUUGUUACAGUGAAUUAUUUGUGGAUUCCUCAAAUUUUCCUAUCUGUAGGACUCUUAUUUUAUGUAUAAAAUGUACCACAUAUGUGUAUUUUGUGCAGCGAUUGACUUAAUUUAGUAAUUGGCAGCUCUGACUAGUAACAUUAGAAUAUUCUGAAUUGAACUGAAGACUUUGGUCAUGUUACAUUUUGCAUUGGGGACUUUUCCAGUGCAACAAAUUUGUUCCUAAGGGAAUACAAAGUUUGCAAUUGUCUUUUAUAUAGGAGCAUCUUUCAGCACAAAUUGGAAAUGGGUCAAAAUAUGGUAACAAGGUAGUUAACUAAGUGGUUGACAAGUUGAGGCUGGGGACAGAAUCCCUCACUCACCGACUAUUGCACCUCUCUUCGGUGGUGAGAACAGACAUGCUGCAUUAUUCUGAGCUGACUGGUGGAAAACUUGGGUUUUGUUGAUGAGUAUUUGCUCAGUGCCAUUCCUUCGAGUUCAUUUGUGCUUGUUACCAUGCCCCUGGGAUUUUUUUAUUCAAAUAAAAAAUAAAGCCCAUCGUUUUGGGGACUUGCCACCCUUGUGGGCGAGCUUUGUUGCUUGCAGAGACUUUCUCUCUUUAGUUAUAUUUUUGUAAGGGAAUUUACUGUUGUAGACGUAUUCUUGCUAGAAAUACAUUGUCUGGGUUUUGCAGGGGACAUGGCAGCUCCUGAAGAAUUUUUUUUUCUUUUUGGCAGCUGUGUUGUUCUCUAACUUAUGUAGUACUAAUGAUAUAUUGGUAUUUCAGUUGUUCGUAAGGCUUCAUCAUUCAUGGUAGUACUCGCAGAAGUUGAUCUACCAUGAAUUAGGUAGUUCUUGAUGGUUGCAGUUGUCUCAGCUCUGUCGACAGCUGCUAUGGAAUAGGACCUUCCUGUUGCAGUAGUCCAUCCUGUGAGAUACCUCCAAUGGGUGUGACUAAAUCUCUGGUUCCUGCCUCAAGUAAGACCAGUAGAGGGAAGAGCAUGGGAGUCAUUAAUGCUUUUCUUCUUCAUCUUUGUUGUCUUCGUUGUUGUCAGACGACUCUUCUUCCACCUUGAUCCCCCCUCUUUCCUAGCAUGAGGAUAAGGGGAAGUCUAGACCUUAUUCAUUCUGUCCAACUGAUUUCAAGAUGGUUGCUGAGAGGCGGGUGCAUGAGAUGACCCUUCUCACUGUAACUGACUCCUCAGAGUUGCACAGAGAGAGGUGUGUACGAUCCAUUUGCCACCCAUGCGCCUGGUCUACAGAUUGGGUUAGCGCUGGUGCCAGAGAAGUUUUCUUACACUGCCUAUCCUUGAUUGGAGAAUCGCUCGAAAGCAGGUAAGCAGGGUGACUCAUCUCACUAAGAUUCCUUUCGGGUUGCACAGAGAAGAGUUUGCACAGUCUACCAAGUAGUUGUGUGCCUGGUCUAUGGAGCAGGUUUCACCAGUGACAGGAAAAGUUUAAUUUCCUUGCCUUCUAGGGUUUUUUGGAGAGAACUUUCACUGUUUCUUGGUUCAAGACAUUCAGCCAUUCUUGAGCAGUCCUUCUUCUGGGAGAGUUCAUUGCACUCUUCCACCUCUCUUGUGCACAGCUCGCUGAGCAGGGGGGAGGGGAGUGAAGGAGCAGUACAAGGGCUCAUUCCUCUCCCUUUCUCAGUAAUUACUGUGCUUCAAAGCAGGGCAGUGGUGUGUCUGUUGGAACAGUGUUCUGACAUUGGCUCCAUCAUGUCUCAUACUUUUCUCCAACAAGAGGCUUAUCUGGUUUAGUAUAGUGUGGAAAUGUCCAAGGGAGCAGAGUCCUGGUCUGUCUCCUCCUAUGGCUGAGGGAAGAGCAUCAUGUGUCUCUGAGAAUCAGAUAGGGGUGGAUGGGCCUUCUCCUCUCUUGCAAGCCAUGCUGGAGUGGCAAAUUCAGGGUUUAAUAUGCUGCAAUCGAAGCAGUCUUCUGAACAUCUAUAGACUUUUGCCUAAGGUCGUUAUCCUUCUUUCUUGAUACUCUGAACAAGUUCCACUCCUUUCUCCAGAUUCACUAUUGUCUUGGUUUUGUUGGCUGAGACAGAAGCAGUAAUGGAGAAGGUCACCAUUAGAAGUUAUAGGACACUGCUUUCCUGGCAGUCACUCAAGUUUCCUUUUGAGGAACACAACUGGGGGUUAGAGAUUGAUAUGGUCAUUCUUUGGCUGGGCAUUGUCAAAGAAAGAGGGGACUUCUUACUAUCAAAGAAAGAGGGGACUUCUUACUAUCAAGAAAACUGGAGAAUUGAGUGCUUGGAGUACCCAUUUCACCCUUCAAAACUUUUGGAAGUAUCUCGGCUUUGCCUGAAGCAGGAUCAUCUGCCAUUUCACAAUGCUGAUUUUGACAGGUGAUAGCCUUUUUUGUGUUUGUUUAUGUACAAUCUUGGGUCCUUUUUUAAGGGUAUUCUCUUAUUGCAACGCCCUUACAUUCCAGAGUUUUAGUGCCCUCAGAGGUCUGACUCCUGGUCUGUGAUGAACUUAUUAUUAUUAUUAUUUUUUUUUUUUUUUUGUCCAAAGCAGGGUUUGUGAUCAGUCAUGUGAAUGAAGUUUGACUUCAUUUCCAAGCUAAAGGCAAAGUACCUGGGCUUGUUGACUGCAACAAACAGUUCCUAUUGGACUCUUGUGUGGGAGUGCCUAGGGAGGUAGUAAUUGUGAUGUUCCUGUCCUUGCAUGAACAGCCAUCUCAUCUUGAGCAGGUGGUCUUAGGUAUUCUGUUGCCAUAAGGUAGCACAUUGCUGCAAGAACGAACCUCAUGUUUGUUUCUCUGUCUGAUACAGCACUGUUGUGCCAAUUCAGACUUCCUUGAGACAUUGUCAUUUUGAAUCGAGUUAAGGAGGAUUUCACUUUUCCUAAGGCAACAAAAACCUCUCAAAGGUUCCCUUUUUUACCACCUUUGGUAUUGCGUGUUUCAGAAGUGGGCCACUCCUUAGAAGAGUUUUGUUUCAGGUUUGUAUCUUUUGGACUCUCCUCAAUGCACUGCAAUAUUCUUAGAUGGGCUUGCAGUUGGUUUAACAUUUUUGGCUUUCCUGAUCAUUGAAAAAGUUUCUGGUAAUGUUGAUGAGUAGUAACACUACUGUUGGGACUCACAUUUCAAGUAGAGGUGGGCAGUGUCUCAAACUCUCUCUUUUAUUAGUGCAGAUGUUCAAGUGGACAGUUGGCAUGCCCUCAGGGUGUUUGAUACAAAACCUACAAAAAACUUGCAGCUGUCUGCUUUCCUUGUUCAGUCCUCUGAGGAGUGAUGGAUGCCCUGGUUGUGUGUAUUAGUUUUUUUCUCAUCCCAGAUUAUUUCAAGGAGUGAUAAUCACUAUUUAUUAGUAGUACACCAUUUCUUCACUUGACUGUGGGGCUUCUCAUUGGCCUCUGCCAAGUGGUAUCCCAAUCUGCUGUUUACCUGGUUGAGGUGCCACGGGGGCUGCCCAGCCCACCCUCCUUGUCACCUGUGUUUACCAGCCUUGGUAGGCAGUGCACUCCCUUCACCUUUACAGUAGAAGUGCUCCAUUGGUUUAUGUAAUAGAGAGCCUGUCUCACAGGGUAGCAAGGGAUUUGGCAAUGUACCUCAAGUUUCCUCGGCAAAUACACAUUAAAGAGAUUGGGUAUCUUCUAUGAUCAGUAUCAUAGAAGAGGACCUCUCUGUUCUGACUGUAUGGUGAGCAGACCACAGGCUUCACCUUCCAUCUUAAAUGAAUCAUGUCUCUUAAGUUCCUGACAUAAAAGCUAUGUAGUUUUUUUUUUUUUUUUUUUUAAGACUUGCUGCUAAUUGGGUUAGACCUCAUCCCUCUGGGGGAGUUACCUAUGCUGGUGGAGAGACUUGUACAGUCUACUCCUCUUUGUUAUUUCAUUUUAGGGUAGUUUAUGUUCUGGUUGUUAAGCAUUACAAGGAUGCUGUUUGAGCCUCUGUACCUGGUAAUAGACAGUCUUUAUGCUUGAACUGUUCUAACUUUGUCUCAGCAUGUACAUAAUUGGGAAAGUCAUUUGGCUAGCUAUAUCUCAUUUGGACUUUGAUAGGGCUUGGAUCAUUCUCGUUGUUAGAAGCAGAAUUUUAGGACUGACAAAAGAUUUUGUUCCCUCAAUUCUAUCUCUUCAAUUCUUAGAUGGAGUUCCAGAUGAGAUGCCGCUCUGCCCAGCUUGCGCUUUUCAGUGCUAUUUGAAACAUCCAUUCUGGGAGUUUGAAGUGGUUUUUUUUUCUUUCAUUAGUAUGGAAUAGUACAAGAAAGUGUUGUCUUGAAACUUGUUCAUUUGGCUUUGUGCAGGGUUCAGAUAGACCAUGUCACCUGUGAGAAGUCAAUUCCUGUUUUGUGGGAGGGAUCUCAGAGUCAAGGGUUUUGGUCCAUCCUCACUGUUCAUUUCAGUUUCCAUGUAAUGUGUGUUGAUGUCUUGUAUUUCAGACUCUUUCUACUGGAGGGAUGUCACAAGUCCAUGAACACUGUUCUUCAGGACUUAUGGUGGCUACCCAUGAACUUGUGUAGUACCCAUGCUCCAUCUUGGACACCAUCAGUAUCUUGUCUGAUGCACCUAAAGCCUGGUGUAAGUCUGGAGGUGGAAAAAUGACUGGGUUCUGUGCCAUCUUUCUACCCACCUUUGAAAAGAGCACCUGGGCCAAAGUUCUCUCCGGACUGGUGGCAGUGCAGAAUUAGAGGAAUUAAUUUCUGGUGAUUAGAAACAUUUCUUGAUAUAACAUGGUUCGGAUCCCACAGUAAGCUGUAGGCCCAGAUGCUAAGUAAGCAGUUCCUAGCCACGUAAAAAAAUUUAAUCCUUCAGGCCAUCCCUAGGAGAGCUAUUAAUCAACUCAAUGGUCUGGAAACUUAAGAUAUACUUUUUUUUUCAGCCCGUUAGAGAUUGGGAGGCAUGCCCUUUAUCCUCUCUUUUAUGACAAGGGGGGGAAGGGGACUAGGUAGAGUUUUGUCUGAUACCCAGUACAUACUGGGCUUUAGCCAGGACUACAGUCUUCUAACAUGAAGUCUCCUACAGGAGAUUUAAUGGUUCUUUGAAUAUUUUUUUCUUAUGAGAGUAACUUUUCUUGAUUUUAGGGGUACUUGGGUCAGGGGUCUUCUUGCAUUACUGUUUCCAGAAAAUGUGUGAGAAGAUAAUAAAACAUUAAUAUCAAUACAAAUAUUUACAAUGAUCUUCAAAGUAUAACAAAAGAAAAUCAUCAUCAUCAUCAUCCAGGUGUCAUAUCUCCCAAGGACGUCGGCAAUCAUGGCUCGCCAUUCCUCUCUAUUUUCAGCUCUCUGCAGCAACUGAGCUGCAGUCAUUCUUCCUCCAGUCAUUCUCACCAAUCCAUCCAUAUAUUUUUGUCUAGGCCUUCCUCUUGGUCUCCUUUCAUUGAUAUUACCAAUGAGAGAGAGAUGCGCUAGUUCUUGUCUUCUCACUAUGUGACCCACAAACCGCAUUUGUCUACCUCUCACUGAGGCCAAAAGCUGUCUUUCAACACCUACUCUCUUUAAUACUUCCUCAUUAGUUUUCCUUUCUGUCCAUAAUGUUUUUAACAUCCUUCUCCAAAACUACAUUUCUGCAGCCUGUAACCUCUUCGUCUGCCUUCCUCAUCGUCCAAGUUUCACAGCCAUACAACAAUACAGACCAAACAAAACAUUUCACAAACCUCCUCCUUAGAUUCAUAGAUAUUUUUGAGUUGGUGACUAAUUUCUUGAUCUUACCAAAUGCAUCCUUUGCCAUGGAUACUCUUCUUGAUCUCUUUUUCACAUUUUCCAUCACUUGUAACAGAUCCUUAUCAUACCUUAUACUUUCUCCAUUCAUCCUUUUUAUUCAAACCUUCCACCUCCUCACAAAUCUCAUCCAUCUGUUUCUCCUUUGCCUUUGUGCAUUCCCUCUUAAUAGUUCUAUCCAGAGCUCUAUACGUAUCUAUCUUCAUUUUUACCCUUUUGUUGCCUUCUUUUA